UUCAGAAGCAUAAGGCAAGCAUAAUGGCUAACAGUGGUCUCUUCUGGCUGCCUGCCUUCUUCCUUCAGCUAUUCUCAGCUCUGUCUCCAGCACCGUGUCUGCCUGAACACUGCCAUGCUUCCUGCCAUGCUGAAAAUGGACUAAACCUCUGAAACUGACUUCUAGGUAGGUCUUCUGAGAAAAGAUUUGUCGUCUUAAACAAAAGCAAACAAACAAACAAACAAAAAACCCUGUUUUAGAGUCUUACAAAGAAAUAAUCCCGCUGGAGUUGGUUAUGAAGAAGCUAACUACUUGGAAGGGUGAAAGUGGACGAUCAAGGUUCUCCCUAACUUACAUACUGAGCUCAAGGCCUGCCUGAGCAACUCACCCUGUUUGAAAUAAAAGCCAAAUCAGGGUCGGCUUGUAGCUCCCUGGGAGAACCCCUGCCUGGCACGUGCAAGGAGCGAGGCUCAGUCUGCGAUAGCGACAACAACUAAAAAUUAUCUGCACCGUUAGUAACACUAACAAAGCCAAGAGUCGUCUUCAGUGUGCUUUUCAUUUCACUGGCCGCCAGCCGGUCACGGAGGGGGCCUGUCAUUGUCCUCCUCUGAGAGUUACCAAUAAAGUUGUUACAAAGUGACCUUGAGCGUCUUCCCCCGCCUUCUCCAUCCGGGUGCUGCGGCGCGGAUAAGAGCCGCACCGCGCUUGCGCGCCCAGCCCCACUGCUUCGACCUCUGCCGCCGCCACUGCCGCCGCCUCGGGAGAGAGGAAGCGGGAGAGGAGCCCACGUCGCCUGUCACCUAGAUCCACGCCGCGCCGCCAGGAAGAAAGAUGUUCGCCUGCGCCAAGCUCGCCCGCACCCCCGCUCUGAUCCGAGCUGGAUCCAGAGUUGCAUAUAGACCAAUUUCUGCAUCAGUGUUAUCUCGGCCAGAGACUAGGACUGGAGAGGGCUCUACAGUUUUUAAUGGGGCCCAGAAUGGUGUGUGUCAGCUGAUCCGAAGGGAGUUUCAGACCAGUGUAAUCAGCAGAGACAUUGAUACUGCUGCCAAAUUCAUUGGUGCAGGUGCUGCAACAGUAGGAGUUGCUGGUUCUGGUGCUGGUAUUGGAACAGUCUUUGGCAGUCUUAUCAUUGGUUAUGCCAGAAACCCUUCACUGAAGCAGCAGCUGUUCUCAUAUGCUAUCCUGGGAUUUGCCUUGUCUGAAGCUAUGGGUCUCUUUUGUUUGAUGGUUGCGUUCUUGAUCUUGUUUGCCAUGUAACAGAAAUUACUGCCUGAAAUGUUGGCAUUCAUAGUAAUUACGGAUGUAAUUCUGUGUAUCUUGCUGUGACUCCGAAGACUGUAGUACUGGUGUCAUGGAAAUAUAUGUUAUUUCCACAGUCAUUUCAUUAAAGAUGAAAACUUUAA